AUGACCACCGUCCCUGCUCCCGACACCCCUUCCAUCCAACGCAGUCGGUCGUCCAAUUCAGAUCUGAAGGAGAAGAAGUUGGAUGAUGAUCCCACUGUUUAUGUCGCUAAUGACUUGGAGGAGAACCAGAUUAAGAGCUCGGACGAUCGUACCAGCAGAUUCCGGCCAUUCAUCCUCGGGGGUCUGGCUUUGGUGAUCUUGGGUUGGUGGAUCAGUGCAACUGUUCUGGAGGCUACGAGACAUCGAUGGAUCGUGCAGACCCUUUUCGCAUGGUUUUUCAUCCUCAUCAUCGCAUUCCGGUUUAUUCCCAACAGCAUCGUCACGAAGCCCAUUGGAGCCGUUUGGAUUCCUUGUGUUCAGAAACCAUGGUACACCCUACCAUACCGUUCGAGAUUGGCCAUCGGAUGGCUCUGCUUGUUGGCAAUCAUUUUUGGCUCAGCUUUCGGUUUCAAUCUUCCAGAGGGCACGGAAUAUGCUGAUCGUGUGAUCUCAAUCGCGGGCCUCUUUGUGUUCCAAUUCGGCUUUUGGCUUACUUCGAAACACCGUAGCAUUGUCCCUUGGCCUACUGUUAUCGUUGGUCUUUUCCUCCAACAGGCCAUUGCGUUGUUCGUGCUCAAAAGCGGCGCGGGCUUUUCGAUCUUCAGAUGGGUCGCUACUCUGGCGGCGGACUUCCUUGGCCAGGCGGAGGCUGGCGGAGUUUUCUUCUUCGACCAGGAGACCUGGGACAAACAUUGGUUCUUCGUUGGCGUUCUGUCGUCGAUUAUUUUCUUCAUUGCGUUCGUCCAAAUGAUGUACUAUUUGGGUGUCAUGCAAUGGGUCAUUGGAAAAUUCGCGUGGUUCUUCUUCAAGAUCAUGAAUGUGUCCGGAGCUGAGGCAGUUGUUGCAGCUGCGUCACCAUGGGUUGGUCAAGGUGAAUCGGCGUGUCUUGUCAAGCCUUAUGUCGACUUGAUGACGGAAUCUGAACUUCAUGUUACGAUGACUUCUGGUUUCUCCACCAUUGCUGGCUCCGUCCUUGUUGCCUACAUGAGUCUUGGCGUCCCUCCGGAGACACUCGUCACUUCGUCUGUAAUGAGUAUACCAGCGUCCAUUGCCAUCAGCAAAGUUCGAAUUCCAGAAACCGAAGAGCCAGUCACCCGCGGCAAUGUUUCAAUCGAUCGUGGCGAGGAGACUAAGAAGAAUGCCCCGGCCAAUGCCCUUCACGCCUUCAGUCAAGGAGCAGUCUUUGGUCUGAUUGUAGCAGGUCAGAUUCUGACGAAUGUUCUUACUGUCCUCGCCCUGGUGGCCAUGAUCAACGGACUUCUUACUUGGAUCGGACGUGGGUUCGGUAUCAAUGCCCUCACCUUGCAACUGGUCAUUGGCUACCUCUUCUAUCCGGUUACCUUCUUCCUCGGGGUUCCCCGUUCGGAGAUCUUGACCGUGUCCCGCCUGUUUGCCACGAAGCUUGUCGCCAACGAAUUCGCUGCCUACCUUGAACUCAGCGCUCUGCAGAGGGCAGAAGCGAUUUCCGCUCGCGCCUAUACCAUCGCCUCCUACGGACUGUGCGGUUUCGCCAACCUCGGCUCUCUAGGUAUUCAAAUCGGUGUGUUGGGCGCUCUGGGUCCUUCGAAAGGCAGAGUCAUUGCGAGGAUUGCACUUUCGGCCAUGAUUUGUGGUUUCCUUUCUACCCUCCAGACGGCUGGUAUUGUGGGAAUGCUUCUUUAA